CCAAAUUGUUAUUAUAUCGAUUUAAAUUAAUUGUUUGAUUAAGAGACUCUUUAAGGCUGGACAACAGGGAUGUCCAAAAUCAAGUAAACAUCCCUGAAAAUAAUGGAUAUGAGUAGCAGUGAGUGCUUCGGAUGUGGCCGCUCUGGACACUGGGUGAAGAACUGUCCUAACGCUGGCCGUGGCCGCGGGAGAGGAAGGGGCCGUGGAAAGGAUCUUUUCUGUUACCGAUGUGGAGAACAAGGGCAUAUUGCCAGGGACUGUGAACAGACCGAGGAUGCAUGCUACAACUGUCACAGGAGUGGCCACAUCUCCAGGGACUGCAAAGAGCCCAAGAAGGAGCGUGAGCAGUGCUGCUACAACUGCGGCAAAGCUGGGCACGUUGCUCGUGACUGUGACCAUGCCAAUGAGCAGAAGUGCUACUCCUGCGGAGGAUUUGGACACAUCCAGAAACUGUGUGAUAAAGUGAAGUGCUAUCGGUGUGGUGAGAUCGGCCAUGUGGCGGUGCAGUGCAGCAAGGCCAGUGAGGUGAACUGCUACAACUGUGGCAAAACCGGUCACCUGGCAAGAGAAUGCACGAUUGAAGCCUCUGCAUAACCGGUUUCCUUUAUCAUCCCCUCCUUUUCAGAUUGAUGGUUGGUUGUAUUAUUUUCUCGGAAUCCUCUUUAUUGGCCAGUGCUUGGCAAACAGAGGCUUGUCCCGGGCCAGUGUGCUUCUUGAAAUGUUUAAACAAAAAAAGAGGAAAAAAGGGGGUGAAAAGUCUUUCUGCAUUUAAUACAAAAUGUCUAUUUAGUUUGGUAGAGGUGUAUGUAUAAUGCUUUAUUAAAAGACCCCUUUCCAUGCCGCUGGUGAGAUCCUCACUGACUGGGACACAGUGUGGUAUGUAGGAACCCUGGGCUCAGAGUGAGCCCUGGCAGUAUGAGGCUAGAGAGAAGUUGAGGGAAGCCUCAGUUUCUGGAUUUUUGUUUCAAUCAAGUCAGGGGAAUAUAAACUGGCUUAGAGUAUGACCGGGACAACCAUUCGCACCACAGGAAUCCAACUUAAUCCAGGCACCACAAGCAAGGUGGGCUUUAACUUGUGCAGAAAAGUUAUAUUGAUGACAGAAUUCUGAAAUAUUGAGAAAUUAAGUUUUUGUUUCCUUUUUUUUACUUUUUUUAAAAAGUCAUCUGUUUGCAAGUGUAGCAAACAUCGCUUAUUAAUGCCUGAAGUUAGAUUCCAAAAGUAAUUUUAGUCAUUUCUAUCUUAAAUUAUCAAACAAUAAGCUUGUGGAUUUAUCAGUAAUUUGCAAAAGGAGAAUGUUUUCACAGAAAUCAAAUAUUAUUUUUGUACAAUAUCACUUGGACUACUGUAAGAAUAUCAUUUGCUUGUACUCAGUUUUUAAGUCAGAAGGAAGAUGCAACUGAAGUCCUAUAACAUAGAAAAUGUAAUUUUAAACUAUCAAUAAAGCUGGAGGAGGAUCUGGAA